ACGUGACUUUCUUGUUUUGACCGGAAGUUGCAAGACGGUGUCAAGUAGAAGAAAUUGCUGUGAAAUUUAAAUUUGUGGAAAAAAAAAAAAGGAUGGAAAGAAAUUUGGACAAACACCUCGAUGACACAUUCCGAGUACCAGGAGUAGCUGGGGUAAUUUGUACAGAUGAACAUGGUCUUUGUCUUGGAGCAAAGGGAAUAGCUACUCGGGAGUCAGCUGGACAUAUAGCUAACAUUGCCGAGAGUGCUGCUAGACUUAACCCAAACAUGCCAAAUCCUGUAAUAUCUAUAGAGGGAGAAGGAGGGAGUAUUUUGAUAAAGAAAGAAGACAAUAUUACCAUGGGUAUCUACAAAUCACCAAACUAAACAGUUUAUAUACUAGUAGAUAUAAAACAACUGACUUAUUACAGAAAGAUGGGCUGGACAAAAGAUAAUAACAUUUUCAUUGCUACUCCCAACUUGUGUUGAAGAUCAUUUCCAAAACAAUUAACUUCUAUGAUACUUUAAGAAAAGUUUUUGUGUCCAUUAAAAGAACAAAAAAUUAUGACACUGUGUACAAGGUAACAACAUGGUUAAACAACUGUAAAAUUAACGACAAAUGUAUUCCUUGAUGAGAUGUGCGUAGGUGAUGUUGUUUUUUGACGAGAUGUAAAUAUAGCAAUAUGUGCAAUAGAGAAGUAAAUAUAUAUUUUGUAAAA